AUGACAGGAAAAACUAUUGGAAAAAGAAAACCAACUGAAUACUUAUCUAAAGAUGAAAAAAUGAAAAGAAUAAAUAAUCUCAAGAAAUUAGAAAAUGAAGAAACCAAAAGAUCUUUGGUUAAGAAAGAUGAAGAAGCUAGUAGAAUAAUUCAGAAUAAUUAG